CAUCGACUCGUAUUCCAUGGCUGCUCCUGCUGACUAUUCUGUAUUUGCAAGUGCUGAAUUCGACCCCAACGACUACGCUAAUGCUGUCCUUGCGGGCGAGCCAUAUGUUCUUCCAUCCGACACCCGUACAAAGCCCUUGGCGUCCUCGACAAAGCUUGCCGAUGCACCAGGAAAGGAGGAAAUCUCCAUAGCAAUAUCAAAACUUACGUUUGGCAUCGAUGAUGUCUCCAAGCAAAUAAAGACUCUUGUCACCAACCAUCAUCAGGACCUUCUUUCUCAGGCAGCAAGUGCAAAUGAACUAUCCGGCUCCCUUACUUCUGUUCGCGCCGGGCUCGCCGACCUUGACCAUUCUCUCGAAAAAUUACGUCUCAAAGUCCGUGCGCCUUACCAGACCCUUCAAACCAACGUCUCUCGUCUCCAGAAACUUCAGCAGGCAUCGGAUAUUCUACGUCGCACGUCCCGAUUUGUGAUUCUCGCUCGCAGACUCCAAAUCCAGAUGGCCGAAAUGGAAUCCGGCAGUAGCAUCCCGGAUCUGCCGCUGCCGCUUUUCCGAAGCAAAUCCGAUGAAUCUGCGCAGGGUCAAGACCUCGAGGACGGCAAGGAGCGCACUAUCGCAAAGGCAGCGCUUAGUAUUGCGGAGCUUGUGUCAUUAUUGGAUGAUCCAGCCUCAUGGGUGUCUGAGGAAACUCGCCAGUCGGACGUACAAAGCGAUGACCUUGAAUCCCGAAUAUCUUUGAGGUCGGUUAAUGCAAUCGCCGUCCAUGUGCCCUAUAUCGAGGAUGCCCGAGCCAAAGUGACUUCGGAAAUGGAAAAUAUGGUUUUGACGGGUUUAACAUUACUUAACCAGUCCCUCCUCGCGUCCUCCCUUCAAACAGCCUAUAACCUUCGGGUUCUUCCUGAACUAGUUCAGAAUCUCAUAUUGGAGCUGUCACAGGCUGUUGACGACCGAAUACGAACCGCAUUUGAUCUUUCCAAAAUCUCCAAAGAAAUCUUGUCCAAAGAUUCUGCCCAAUCACCUACCCUGUACAAGUCCCGCGUGAGAACGGAGCCAACUAAUCUGACGGCUCCGCAAUGGACGGCUGCUCUCUGGGCUCGAUUAGAGGUGAUGGUACAGGACAUGGCUGAAUGCUGUGUAAAGGUAUACACUUUGGAAAGAGUGCUGAAAAUAAAAAAGGAUACCAUUUCACAUGUAGUAUUUCUAGACGAGGCCAUGAAGCUUCUAGAGAACAAACCUAGUGCUACUUUCUGGACAGCUUUGGCCCGUUCGCUAGAGAAGAAUGCGCGGGAUGCCGCUAGAAGCUCCAUGUUUCUUCAACAAACACUGAGCACGGGAUACCCAAGACUUUUAAGAUUAUUUCACGAGUUCUUUGCAAAAAUUGCCGUUCAUACAGAUACAACUUACAUACACACGUACCAAAGCCCAGAGACUGUGCUAGUGCUUCACGCACUUUCGAACUUCGAAUCACUGUAUCUUGCCCGAUCUUCGACUAAACUCAACGAGUCCGUCAGUCAGGCAUUCUCUGGUGGGGUACGAAAUCCACCAGGGAUGUCAGAAGGCAUUAACAUUGCACGUGCUGUGGCCAACGAGUUAGACUCGGCAAGAUUUGACCCACUGCUUGUGAAAGCCGUCGCUAAGAACGCUACAACAAGUAUAGAUAUUAUUAUAUCUAGACUUGAUGGUUUAGUCUCUCGGGAUCGGUCUGCCUUGACUUUGAUAGGACCCUCAGCGACGCCACAACAGGCUAUAAAUGGUUCACUGACGACGUUUUUAUAUUGUGUAUGGUCGCGGCUAUCACAGCUUGGAGAAGAACAGAAAGAAGUGGUCUUCAACAUCAUUAAAUGCAGUGUUGGCAAUUUACACUCUGCCUACGAACGCAUCGUCAAUCCUCUGCUCACCGCCAUACGGCGUGAGCUGAGCGCCAUCAUAUCUAAAAUGCAUCGUUUUGAUUUUGGCAGAUCUGCUGACCCUAUCGCGGGCAUGGGCGGAUCAAGUCUGUACAUGAAAGACCUCGUAGAAAAGCUGGCUUAUAUCAAAACCGAGAUCUUCAGCAAGUUCGGGAUCGGAGAUGAAAAAAGAGCGUGGAUAAUGUCACUUGUGCAAUAUAUCAUUAAGACGUUUGUGCUUCAUGUCUCUAUAGUCAAACCGCUUGGAGAAGCAGGUAAAUUACAGCUUACCAGUGACAUGACAGAGUUAGAGUUCGCCCUGAGCGCGUUUCUUGUGGAAAGUCCACAAGAGAAGCGGGGCGGAAACUUGGAGAGUGUAGGACCAGAAUACAAAAUGCUUCGAGCAAUGCGGCCUCUUUUAUUUCUCGAAAACUCACAGCUGGCGUUGUCGCAAUACACGGCUGGCUUACCCCCUCUUAUAGUGUUGCACCACAUACUUGUUCGUUCGCUGAUACCACUGCCCCACAGUCUUCAUGGAUGGCAGGAAGCGGAAUAUGUUCGGUGGGUUGAUGAACACACGGAGGAGGAAGCUUGGACUCUCGUAGACGGUGGACUAUCUCAUUGGGAAAGAACGACGGGGAGUGAAGGCGAUAAAAAGGAGGAUGCGAUGCAAUACGUAAAUUUGGCACGGAAGGUAUUAGCUACAACAUAAUCCUAGGAGUUUGGGAACUUUGUUCAUUUGUGUUUCUGCAAUUUCUCCACUGGGCGAG